CAAAUCUUUGUUUCCUUGAGCAAUAAAACAUCACUUUCAUCUGUCAGAUCAAAGAUGCAGUGGAGUCUGUGUCUGCUUAUUCUGAUGGGUCAGUGCUGCUUCUUUACAUGCCGCCUGUAUGAGUACCACUUUAUUGCAGAAAACAAGAGCUGGUAUGAAGCACAGAGAUACUGCAGAGAGAAAAAUACAGACCUGGCCAAAGUGUUUGACAUGACAGACAUGACAGACAUGAGCAGACUCCGUAACUCCACACAGAAUCAAGGAGAAGCCUGGAUUGGACUGAACAACAACACAGGUGGAAACAGGAUGUGGCAUUGGUCUCUGCCAGGAGUGGAAUACAUUCAAAAUGACAGCAGCUGGAAUCUGAAUGGAAGAACUGAUAAUGAAAAGCCUGGAAACUGUGGGAGGAAAAGAGACAAGCUGGCAGAUGCUUCCUGUGACUAUCCUAUGUGGUUCGUCUGCUAUGAUGAAAUGAAAAAGGACAAUAAAACAUUGUAUUUGAUAACAACACCUAUGAACUGGACACAGGCUCAGAGCUACUGCAGAUACCAUCACAUUGACCUGGCCAGUGGACUCGAUCAGGUAGAUGGAGGAGAACUCAUGAUGAUGAAGAAAAAGAGAGACCCGAGUAGUGCAUGGGUCGGUCUGUUCAGAGACAGCUGGAGGUGGUCAGAUGGGAGUGAUUUCUCUUUCAGAUACUGGGAUAUGCAGUUAUUCAAUGAUACACAAAGCAACAAGACAUGUGCUAUGACUCUGUUAAACAGAUCAGGAAAAUGGAGCUCUGAUGAAUGUGACAAAGAAAAACCCUUCUUCUGUUAUGAUGAUAAAGUGAUCCUGGUCAAAGAAAACAAGACCUGGGAGGAGGCCUUGUACUAUUGCAGAGACAAAUAUCUUGACCUUGUUUCCAUCACCAACCUUGAAGACCAGCAGUGGGUCCAGGAAAAGGCCAAGAAUGCUUCAACUCCUUUUGUCUGGCUGGGGCUGCGCUACACCUGCACUCUGGGUUUCUGGUUCUGGGUCACUGAUGAGGUGGUUGAAUAUAAAAACUGGGACUCUGAUGGAACGACCGAUGGCUGUGACAUGUCUGCAGCCAUGGAGAGUGGAGAAAAACAUAAAUGGUUCAAUAAACUUGAUAAUAAUCUGUUUAACUUCUUCUGUUAUAAAAAUUAAAAGCACUCAGCUCAGUGG